GCCUCCUGAGGGGCGGAGCGGGCGGUGUCUCGUCACUUCCCGCGGCCGGAAGGUUCCAGAGAUUCCAGCGGGAGCCGCCAUGGCCGCGGCGCGGGAGGAGCUGCAGAAAGAUCUGGAGGAGGUUAAAGAACUGCUCACGAAGGCCACGAGGAAGCGGGUGCAUGAUGUCCUGCUGGCAGAGAAACACAAGCUGGAGAUAGAAAUCAAGAAUCAGCCUCUGCCCAAGCCCAAAGAUGUGGCAGAGGAAGAAAAGUCGUCGCUGGGAGGGUACACAGUGAAAAUAAACAAUUAUGGUUGGGAUCAGUCAGAUAAGUUUGUGAAGAUUUACAUCUCUUUAAAUGGAGUCCAGAAGCUUCCAGCUGAGAAUGUGCAGGUGAAUUUCACAGAGAGGUCAUUUGAUCUACUGGUGAAGAACCUGAAUGGAAAGAACUAUACCAUGACCUUCAACAACCUCCUGAAGCCCAUCUCUGUGGAAGGCAGCUCUAGAAAGAUAAAGACAGACACGGUCCUUGUGAUGUGUAAGAAGAAGCGGGAGGAAAAAUGGGAUUGUCUCACUCAAGUGGAAAAAGAAAGCAAAGAGAAAGAGAAGGCUGCCUACGACACGGCAGAUCCCAGUGAAGGGCUCAUGAACAUUUUAAAAAAGAUGUACGCGGAAGGGGACGAUGAGAUGAAGCGCACCAUCAACAAGGCCUGGGUGGAAAGCAGAGAAAAGCAGUACAAAGGGGACAUACCAAUGGAUAUCUGAAAGUACUCUGAGAGCCGCCUUAAUACCGAUCUUCCAUGUGAGACACGCUGUGCUGCAAAGAUCAUCGUUUAUAUGACCUUCUUCCAAGCAAAGACAGUCAUUUUCCAUUUCAGGUUGGAGAAAAUAUUUAAAUAAAAUAGCUUAUAAAGCAUUUCCUUCAGUCAAGUGGUUCACGGUUUCCUGAGGAGUGGAGCAUAGGUAUAUUCUUACCUCUCCUUGAAAAAGCAUCUCAGAUGAGUGGGGAGUGCUGUGAGACCAAGAAGAGAAUAUAAAAGUAAAGGAAUCCUAAAGUAGGAUUUAUCAAGGCCUCUGUUGCCAGUACACAUGGCAGCUGUACCCAUGUGGUUGUUGGGACUAAUGUCAUGCUCACUACACAGGGUGUGGCUUUUUGAUUAAGAUGUGGGAAAGUGAAGAACUGAAGAAAGCAGAACCACUGUGCUGUGCACUUGAUACUUAAGCAGAAACAAUGUGGUGUUAAUCCUGUGGUAUUAAAAUUUAAUAAUUACUCUCAGAAAUUAAUUACUGGCUGUUUAACCUCUUAGGAAUUUUGGAAAUGUAAGCAGCUCUUUAGUGCCAACUCUGAGCUCCCUGGGGUGUCUUUGAGGUGGCAUCAGUCACAGGAGAGCAGUAAGCUGUUGAUGCUGGACAGGGAGCUUGCCCUGGCUCUAGCAGUGUGUGAAGAAAAGAGGGAUCAGCUCCACUUUGCCUAUCACCUCUCAAGGGUUCUAAGGAAACAGAGUAAGAAGUGUAUUCAGAUAGCUUAUACUCCAAAAUGUGACUCAGCUGGGGGUCAUGGGUUGCUGUCACUUUGCUGCUAGUGGUAUUUGGCCUCUUUACUGCCACCUCUCAGCCCCACUGCUGGACAGAGCAGCCACUGCCCCUUUAUUGCAUUGCUUUGAAGAAGAGUACAGGGCAAACAUGAGCUUAGCAGCAGGCUUGUUACUGUGUUUUUCCUGCUUCCUUCUCAUGAGUCUCCCAAGGGCAGAUUUGUUGUUACCUUAGGACUUAAGGAAGCCACUACUCUAUUGUUAGGGUCUGGACUAGGACUUACUUGCUACCUUGUUUUUGAAGCAUUGGACCAAGCGCUGCGCUACAGACAGGAGAGAAAUGGUAGCACGUUGUAGUUUCUAACAGGUCCUUUAGCCACUUUGUCUCGUCAAUAUAAAUAUAUAUUGCAUAGCAAGAGUAUCUAGAGGCCAUGUUUUAUCCCGUCUGUGCUCACCCUCGUUUGUGGCAGAAUACCACUGCCCUGUUGUGCAGUUUCAUUUAUGCUUUUACCCAAAUUACUGUGAAUUUACCAUAUGGUGGCAAAAAAAACCCAACUUAAAUGA